AAUUUAGAAAAUUGACCAGCGGACGACCGGUGACGUCUGUUUCUUUCCGUGAGAAAUGCCCCAGUGCUGCUCAGCACUUACCGAAGGAAAACACUACAGACAAUUGAGAUUGUUGUAUGUAGUACAAUUGUUGUAUGCCAAAAGUAAUUUGGUAAUAUUUAAAGAGGCUCUGCCACUUUGUUAAUCGAUACGGACAGAACCAUUUGUCGCUAUCGGUUUCUCGUCAAGCGAUUUUAAAUGGAAUGUUCCGACUAAUCCCAUUAUUAAGAUUUGAAUGGUACCAUUAUGCAUCUUCUAAUAUGAAUGAAAAAUCUUGAUGGCAUACGCCAAUGACAACUAAAUCAAACGUAAAAUAAAGCACGCAAACAUUCAAUAGACACCAGCGGUAUUCUGAGUAUGAGCAUUGCAGUGAAAAUAUAUCAAUCAAAAAUGCCCCACAAGUGCAGUUCAUAAGCGAUUGUUGGUUAAAUGACCGUCAGUUCCUCUUUAAGCAUUUGCAUUUAAUUAUUUUUCUUUCGUGAUAUAACCCCGUCAUCCUCCAAACUCUUAGUGAAGGUAAGUGAUGUGCUGCUAGUUAAUCGGUCCUCCAUACAUCUUGUUUUUGAUUUCUUGUAUUGAAGAAUAAUCACAUAAAAAUUAAAUUUAAUAUCUCGCAAAGCCAAAAGGUUUCCAGUAUCAAACGCGAUAUUUCAUUUCCUCGCAUUUUUUUAUUACCAAAAUUUCAGUGAGACAAAGCUAAGUGUUUAUCAGGGGUUUUAAUUUCAACCAUCGAAAUGAGUGGAAGGUUCGAAUGCAAAGUGGAUGGCGCUCCACUCCCUAUCGAUGUCAGAGUACAAAAGGUUGUUAAUGAUAUCUUAAAUUUUUCAUGUGCAUUUCAUCGAUUUUGCCAUGCUAACCAUCAACGAGCUUGAAUACAUUGUUCCGUUUUGCGGAAGUUACUAUGCAGUUGGUGACAACUGUUUGAACACAAAAGCUGGAUCGAUGUGACGAUGGUGGGGAAUCGAUUGUGUGAGGGGAGGAGACUGCUGGGCUAGGUUGGUUCAGAUGCGAUACCGUUAGUGAGCCAUAACUGUGGAGCGCAGUUAGCUGCAUUAAAGCUAAUCUUGUGUGUAAGCAGGCGCUAUAGUUCCAGAUACUGCUUUUUUAACAUUUCUAAUUCGAAAUAAUAUUUAACAGCGAAGUGGCAAGAGAUACUGCAGUAAAAGGUGUGACUAUUCAGAAAAAGGCAGGAGAUCGUUGCGUCGUUUUUUUUUCACACGAGCAGUAUAAAGAGCCAUGCCGGAAAAAGUCGACGGAUCCCCGACUGGUUCGGGAGGUUCUAGAAACUCCCGACAUUUAGGAUCUGCUUUGUCCAGCGUCAGUCGCAACUCCAACGGUUCUCUUGUAUCUGACCGCCCAAAUUUGGAGAUCACUUUCCAGGAGCCCCUAGAGAAGAAAUAUGAGUGCCCCGUGUGUUGCCAGGUUUUACGCUACCCCAUCCAGUUUGACGAAUGCGGACACAGAUGCUGCUCCUCCUGCUUGCCAGAGUUACUUAGGGUCGCCCCAAGAUGCCCAAUUGACCAGCGGCACAUUGACAGAGAUAAGGUCUAUGUGGACAAGGCGUUCCAGCGGGAUAUUGAUCACCUGGGCGUCAAGUGCAGCAAUGGGCGAUGCAAAUGGACGGGUGCGCUAAAAGAAUUAGUGCCACACCAAGAAGAUUGCAAGUACAAAGUUAUUCCUUGCCCCAAAGGUUGCGGAGCUGAGUUUGAAAAACGUUUCCUCGACAAGCACAGAGAUGAAGACUGUCCAAAGAGGAAAAUUGCCUGCGAAUUCUGCAAGAGCAACAUUCUGUUCGAAGAAGAAAUUGAACAUCUAAACCUCUGCAAGAGAUUCCCUAUCCCUUGCCCAAAUGGUUGCAAACGAAAGGACAUACCCAGAGAGGAGGUGGCCGAACACAUGGAGGGGGAUUGCCCGAAGCAGACAGUACCUUGUCCUUUUGUGGACUGCGGAUGUGAGUACAGGUGCAACAGAAAAAAAUUGACAGCUCACGUCAAUGAAGAGCCUACGAUGCAUUUAAGCCUGGUGGCAGAAACCAUAGCCAGACACAAGGAAAUCCUGGAUAAGUACAAGCUGUCAAUGGAGGACCACACCGAAAAACUUGCAGGAAUGGAGAAAAGAAUCGAAGGUCUUGAGAAGUUGUACGGCGCUCAGUUCGUUUGGAAAAUCGACAGCUACCAAGAGAAGCUCGAUGAGGCGAAGGCUGGAACAAAACGCACCAUUUUUAGCCAACCGUUCCUCACCAGUCGAAAUGGGUACAAGAUGGCCCUUUCCGCUUGCCUCUUCGGAGAUGGCAAAGCCCGAGGAAAGUUUAUGUCACUAUUUGCGUGCAUUUGCAAAGGUGAAUCCGAUGCCUUACUCUCGUGGCCUUUUUCGCAUCGAGUAACCUUUACGUUGAUGGACCAAUGCGAGGACCCAGCGGCGCGACGGAACGUCACAUAUACAGUAAAACCAAACACCUGCAAGGACAAUAAACCCUUCUUGGGCAGACCCUCCGGAGAUAGAAACGCAAGCUUUGGUGCGCAGAAAUUUGUGGAGUUGGAGGUGAUGUCAACGCUGGACUACAUUCGAGAUGACACAAUUUUUAUCAAAGUGAAUGUUGAUAUGGAUGAUAUGGUUAAGAUGUAGGCGAUUAAAACACCCAAGUAUUCCCACAUGCAGGCCAUGUGCACUUUAAAGAAAGGGCAAUAUUUUUACAAUAUGAAAAUAUUGGUUGCAGUCGUUAUAUAAUCUAAAAUGCUUAACGACUGCAGAAGCUAUAGGACUUGGACAAAAGGGUGCCUUAUUUCAGCCACCUUGUAGGCUUGUGUCCUACUAUCUACCGGUUUAGUGUACAGUAAAGGAAUGAUUUAUUUAUUUCAGAGAUUGCUCAAAAUAUGUUUCAGUGAAACAAAUGUAGCUAUCAUCAUGAUAUUAACUUGAUAUGGAUAUACAGUCCAUUGCACGCCUACAAUACUGGAAUUUUCACAUACAAGCAAAUCGUUAAAUGGCAGGAUGUGCUACGUCCCCAUGAAGAUGUAAAACGAACUAUAAUGCAAUUUAUUAUUGUUUUCAAAUCAAUUCAGAGUGAAUUAUCACAGAAUCUUAACUUUAACCAAAGAAAUGUUUUGCGAAAUGCGUAUAUGUAUAUUUUGAAAGUUCUGCAUAUCCAUUGUAGAUAUUGAUAUAACAAUGACCUGUUCAAAAGCGUGAAGGUCAUGUGCCCGUGCUGAGUAGUUUGUAGCUGGUCCAAAGUAUUUUUAUACAUUACAUUAC